AUGCUGCCACAGUUGGCCAGGGCAGCACGCCGGAUCCUCACUUCUGCCAGCAUUCCACACAGGGUGUGGAGUGUCAGGAACGCGUCUUGUGACAAGCCGGAGAACCUGGCCGCUGUUCUCUGCGCUGUCAACGACUUACGCGUAGAAAAGAGACCUAUGCCACCAGAGCCAAAGGAAAACCAAGUGCUUAUACGCAUGGGCAGUGUUGGGAUAUGCGGCUCAGAUGUACAUUAUCUGGUGCAUGGUCGAAUAGGCGACUAUGUGGUUAAGGAUCCCAUUGUACUUGGCCACGAAUCAUCGGGCACAGUUGAAAAACUUGGUCCUUGUGUGAAGGACUUGAAAGAGGGUGACCGCGUAGCCCUUGAACCUGGCACACCGUGCAGAAUGUGUUCUUAUUGCAAAGAAGGUCGCUACCACCUCUGCCCUGACGUUAUUUUCUGUGCAACUCCGCCGGUUGACGGAACCAUGUGCCGUUACUACGUGCACACAGCAGAUUUCUGCUACAAGUUGCCAGACAAUCUGACCCUGGAGGAUGGAGCGCUGCUGGAACCGCUAUCUGUGGCCGUACACGCUUGCCGGAGAGCUAAUCUGUCCUGUGGCACCAGAGUCUUAAUUGUCGGGGCAGGACCCAUCGGCCUGGCCACCAUUUGUGCAGCCAGGGCGUACGGAGCGGUCAGGAUUGUUAUCACAGAUCUGAAUACACAUCGGCUAGAGAUUGCCAAGAAACUGGGGGUGGAUGCAACUGUCAGAGUCUGUGAAGGCAUGGAAGAGACACAAAUAGCGGCCGAGGUGCAGUGUCAGCUAGGGGGACCCGCCCAUGUUACCAUCGAGUGUUGUGGCACCGAAUCUUCCAUCAAGCAGGGCUUACUGGCUACACGCUAUGGAGGCACCUUCGUUCUUGUGGGUGUGGGCACUGACAACGCACGCUUGCCACUCACUCCCAUAUUCCAUGAAGUGAGAUUUAUUGGAUCUUUCCGUUACUCCAAUGCGUAA